ACGCGCACGCCGCGUGCCGGGCCGUCGAGGCCACGCGCGCCGUCGCGUGAUCGCGAUUCGUUGUUGUUUUGCGUCAGGUUCCGAGCUGUGCACGUGCUCGUUUCUCGUGCGUGCACCUAGUGUGUGCUCAGGUGACCCUUCAGUCCAUGCGAUGUAACCGAAAAGCGCAUGGCGCCGGCGUGAAAGUCGUGUUCUUCGCCGCGUGUGGAAUCUUGUUAGCGCGUUCUGCGUUUCGCGCGCCUCUUGCUUUGGUCAGUCCGGUCGCGCUGUGCGCAGCCGGCCGUUAGUGUAGAUAGUAAGUCGUUAGUAGUGUAAGAGCGUUCCCCCUUGCGAGGGGAUUUCAAUAAAGACGAUGUUGUGAACCCCAUUGCACAAUUAUUGUUUUUCGCGCGGGGGUGAAGGACCCUCACGAUCCACUCCUGAACACGCACCAGGACGCGAGUGUCGCGUUCCUUUGGCGCUACGUGGGCGGUCGCCUAUGCCCCCAGCGGCGUUCGGCCGUGCAUAGGACAGGUGACCCCCACAGGUUUAAGGAAAAGAAAUCGCUGUUGUAGCACAUCAUUGGUCGAUUUUUACUGCUCACGCAUCGUUGGCGCGUAGAGCGGUUAGUUUUGAAUGGUCAAGAGAAAAUAAGGAAAAGAAAAAAGAAGUAUUCCUAUUAAUUACUUAAACAAGAAAAAUGGAUAUAGAUUACGAUAUGCUAGAAGAUGACGAUUUAGACGCAUACGAGUUAAUUGUUUACGGAAUACCGCGAAAUGUACAUAUGCGUAAUAAUUAUUUUGCAGAGUAUGAGGAAUUAAAUUUUUUUAGAAGAUUUAGGUUAAGGAAAGAAUCUGUUAUAAAUAUAUUAGAACAGAUUGAAAAUCAGUUACAAUAUACACAUAAUAGAAAUAAUUUGGUAACACCAAUGCAACAAUUAUUGAUUACUUUACGUCUUUAUGCAACGAAUGGUGUUUUAAUAACAAUGGGGACUAUGGUGGAAUGAACAAAUCAAUUGUAUCACGAAUAAUUGUUAGAGUAU